CGUUUCCCAGUCUCGGAACUUCGUCCACUACUUCCCACCCAUGUCGCCGUAAGCUUCCUUGCAGCGAUGUCGUCCACAGGCCGGUAGGCAGGAAAAUUUCAGCAGCGCGGUGUCGAUAGAUUCCCUGCGAUACAAGAGCGGACAACAACAACUAGUCAGUCAAUCAGUCAGUCGCCUCAAGCUUUCUUCAAAGUUGCACCGGCGCUAGCCCUUUCUUCUUCUGCGGUGUGCCGCCGGCCGGCGAUGAGGUGGUGGGAGAGCGUCAAGAGCCUGUUCGCCGACGGCGGCAACCUCGGUUGCCUGUCCUGCGUCGGGAGGAAGGCGCCCGAGGAUCUUUACUCCUACCCCAUGGAGCCCGCGAAGUGGAAACGAUCGCGCGGCGCCGCUCCGGCGGCGGAGGAGGAGCCGGGCGCCAUCGAGGUGCCGGCGGUGGCGCUCCGGGAGGUGAACGAGCUAACCGGCUCCUUCGACAGGGAGAAGCUGAUCGGGGAGGGGUCGUACGCCAAGGUGUACAAGGUGACGCUGCGGAGCGCGAGGCUCGCCGUGGUGAAGAAGCUGGAGAAGGCGUCCAAGCACGCCUCCAACGACGUCUUCCGCCGGCAGCUGUCUGUGGCGUCCAGGCUGCGACACGAGAGUUUCGUCCGCCUGCUCGGCUACACCAUAAGCGGCGACCUCCGCGUGCUCGUCUACGAGUUCGCCACCAUGGGCACCCUCCACGACGCCCUGCACGGGCCGAGGGAGGGCGUGGGGGCGCGGGAGGAGGUGGAGGAGAGGCCGGUGCUGAGCUGGGCGCACCGGGUGCAGAUCGCGCUGGACGCGGCGAGGGGGCUGGAGUACCUGCACGAAAAGGCGUCGCCGCCGGUGGUCCACAAGGACGUGCGCUCCACCAACGUGCUGCUCUUCGACGGCAUGAGGGCCAAGAUCGCCGACUACAACAUGUUCAGCCAGGCCGCCGACAUGGCGCGACUCAACCGCUCCACGCACACGCUCGGCUCCUUCGGCUACCAGGCGCCGGAGUACGCGAUGAGCGGUCAGAUGACGGACAAGAGCGACGUGUACAGUUUCGGCAUCGUCCUUCUGGAGCUCUUGACGGGCAGGAAGCCGCUGGAUCGGACGUUGCCGCAGGGGCAGCGCAGCCUAGUCAACUGGGCAUCUCCGCUGCUGACUGAAGACAGAGCUCAGGAAUGCAUCGACCCGAGGCUCGGCGACAAGUACCCUGCCACCGGAGCGCUCAAGCUAGGGAGGAUCGCAGUGCAGUGCCUCCAGUAUGACCCAACCUACCGGCCGUCCAUGGGCACCAUCGCCCGCGUGAUCAACUACGCCGUCGUGCGGGACCAGCAGGGCGUGGUCUGAUGCGAUGAUGUGCGCGUACCGGCGUACGUGUGGGAUGAAGUUGCUGCCGUUGCCCAGUGGUUCUUCCUGCGAAUUACCGUGCAUGUCUAGUUGCCUGUACUAUUGUACUCCCUUCUUUCCUAAAUGUAAGUCUUUCUAGAGAUUUCAAUGCAAACUACAUACGGAAAUCUCUAGAAAGAUUUAUAUUUAGGAACGGAGGGAGUAGUAACUUUUUUGGAAGCUAUGUGUAUCUGAACUUCGUAAGCUUGCCAGCCAUGUUUGAGUAGCAGCUCUUGCCAGGCAAGAAAAAACUGUAGCCCAUCGACAGAAGCAUUCUAUUUAUUCAUGCUCAUUUCUGAAA